AUGGUUAAAGGCAGCAGAGAACUGAAGAUCUGCAAAGUUUAUUUCCAGAGGCUGCACAGGGGAGUUCUCAGAGACCUGGAGCGACUCAGUCAGAAGGAGGAAAAUAUUCGCCGUUUAGAAGAGCAGAUCGCUUUGACGAAGCAGCUCAAAGAAGAGAGAGACAAGAUGCUGCUGGAGGAAGGGUCCCAGCACUCCUAGGCACGGGCCUGACCCCUCGGAGUUUGGAGGGUGGUAUUUGGCAAGGUUUGCUCUUGCAGCUCCCAAGAAAGUGGAGAUAAUCCGUGAAAGACAAUUGCUCCCAGACACAUUCAAAAAACUGUAGAGCCUCUGUCU